AUGGCAAAUGCGACAUCCACUUUAGACGACCAACAGGAGCGCCAUUAUAUUGGUAAUCUUCUAUGUGAAGAGGAUGUUUUCGGACAGACAAAUAGUCGCACUGUCGAGACAAAUGGAAGUGGUAGUAUACAAUCCGGGAAUGUGUUGCCAAGUUCGGGUCCAAUUGGUCCAACCCCAAAUCGUACAUUCUGGCCGGAACCACCACCACCAUAUAGUCCAUGCUCCAUUGCCCCGCCACACUGGACAUCAAUUGGUCGUCAAGCUCCAGGAUUAAUGGCUCCACCACCAGUUGCCCUAUCUUAUAGGCAAACACCUACUGCAACAGCUGUAACUCGUACUGAUUUUUAUCAGUCGCCUUUUGGAGGGCAUGAUGAAUGGGAUAAUGUGCCAAGUGUAACCAUGGAUGCGUACAUGUCGAAUGGAAUGCCGUACUCUUCUCACCGAGCGGUUUUGAAAUCGCUUAUGGCACCCAAUGGUACCUUAGAUACAAUGCAACAACAUCAUUAUGAAAAUAUGUACCGUCACCAUCAGCAGCAUCUCGGAAGCUCCCCAGUUGAUCCACGAAUUUUUGCAACUCCUCCACCACGUGUUUAUUCUAGCGGUGAAAGUGGCUUAGUGCAUAUUGAUUCAUACUUACCGCAGCAUCUGCCACCGAAGAUAGUGAAGACGACAACUAGUCCGAACAUAUGUUUUAGUGAAGAUGUUUCUUCAAGCGUGUUUUUGCCAGAAAUAACCAAAGGUGCGGUUCUGCCGCUAAGUAAAAGUUAUCGAGAUGCAGCUUCCAAAAAAGAGCAUGUCAUGUCAAAUUCAUCGCUUUCCUCUUUAUUAUCAAACCCACCAGCGCCUCUUUAUCAUACUUCAUCCGUUUUUUCGGGAGGAAAGGAUGGAGAUAACCAAACCUCAAAAGACAUAGCAUCAGCACAUCCCAUCAAUAGUAAUCGCCAAUCGAUUAAUGAAACCUCUGUCAUGCCGAUAUCUUGCACUGUGAAUGAUGCUUACACCGAGCACAGUGAAAAAACUGUCCGCAUCAAAAGCACUCUUGCAGCAAAGAAAGGUUGUGGUAAUGGAAAGAAGAAAGAUUAUGAAUUCCAGAAAAUCACUCAUAAGAAAAGCAAAGGUAUCAAGGGCAACAAAAAUGAUCAAUUGAUCACUGAUGAAGAUGGGCUGGCCGGUAAUCAAGCCUUAGAUGCUUCCAGUCGUUUUGAUGUUUUGCAAUCUCUCGGAACGCAGGUAACAAAUACAGUUCUACGUCGCGUUAGGCGUCGAUCGCUAUCCUCAGUGGUUGCUCAUCACGAAUCAUCAGUGGAUGUAGCUUCAUCGAAACCGAAAAUUGGUGAUGUUUCAUUGGAAAGCAUAGAAAAGACUAGCGGAAUUGGUGAUUCACUAAUUGUGGAUAAAACCAAGGAUUUUAAUCAAAAUGGAAUCAAGCCUCCAAGCUUCUCUUCAACUCAACGUAAUUUAUUCAAAAAAAUGAUUGGUGCUCGUCGUGAGUUGAGCGCGCAAGCAUCGACUGAUUCUGCAAGAUGCGGUCGAAAACAACGUAAUUCCAUAAAGAAACGCCAAAAUAGCGUAGCAGACUACAUAAAUAUUAUGGUUGCUCUUAUAUUUUCCAUCAUUAAGCAUUCUGUUCAGUGGAUUAUGAAUCUUUUGUGGGAUAUAUUGUUGCAGCUAUGGGAUAUCACCGUGUAUACAAUUGUGGCUGGUUACACUAGUAUUGUCUUCAACUGCCAACGAUGCUGGUAUUCCACAUUAGAUGCGCAGAGGAAAUGCUGGGAAAAUAUUCGAUUGUUCAAUGUAAGGAGAGUGUGGAUGAAUCGGGAAAAGGUUGUUGAAUGGGGUCUGAAUGAAAAUAUUCAAUUACCGAUAACAGGAGAAGAAGCAAUGGAACGAAUUUUGAGAUGUCGUGGACGUGAUGCAUAUAUGGUACUAGGUUUAAAGGCUGACUGUAAGGAUGAUGAUAUUAAGCGAUAUUAUAAAAAACAAGCUAUUCUGGUGCAUCCUGAUAAGAACCGCUUAAGUGGAGCAGAUGAAGCGUUCAAAAUUCUUUCAAAGGCUUUUGAUGCGAUUGGUACACCUGAUGUUCGGAAUAAAUACAAUAUUGCCAAUUUACAUAAAAAUCCGCUGCACAAAGAAAUGGACGAAUUAUGGGAGCGCUUGCGUGAAAAGAUGAACACGGCACGGAAUGCGAUGUGCUGCGAUUGUGGUGAUACACACAUACGUAUACCAAUAGAAAGUAUUCGAGCUUCAGAAGCCCGUUACUGUAAGAAGUGCAAACUUCGUCAUCCCGCUAAACAUAAUGAUAUUUGGGCAGAAACUCGUUUCGGUGGGUUUAUUUGGAUCUAUUAUGCAUGUUUGGAUGGUGUUGUCUAUGAUAUUACGCAGUGGGCUACUUGUUCGAGUAAUCACCUGAAGCAUAUGAAAGCCAACAGUCAUAUGGUACAAUAUCGUUUAAUGACAACACUCGGACCACCAAUGAACAAAAAUCCAUUAAAACAGACUAAAAAUGGACAGGAAAGACAUGAGUACGAUGAUUUGGGCUGUUAUAAUCGAGGAGGACCAGAUGAUGGUGGGUGUACUUGUUCGGUAUCUCUUGGUUACGGUGCUCCGGCUACAGCAUCACAACAAGCAUCCUAUCGUCCACCAGAUAGGAAUCCGUUAAACGGGGAUCGACCGCGUCGUGCUGGGAGACGCCGAAGGCAGCGCUGA